CGCGCGUGCGGGCUCUUUUAACUCGUGCACGGCCCUACGACUUCGGCACGGCCCUUAUUGCGACUCGCGAUCGGGGCGUGAAAAUCAAUAACGUGCUUGCGAAAAGGAGAUCUCAGGCAUUAACGGCAGCGCGGACCGGACCAACGAACGAACGUUAACCUCGCACGAUCGAAUCAUCCUAAGAAGAUAGUUAAAUAAAAACCCAGUGGAAGGGUUUUCGGCAGGCCUCAUUGACGACAAUGAUAUUUAUAGAUGGGAAGUACUUAUUAUUGGACCUCCGGAUACGUUAUACGAAGGUGGAUUUUUCAAAGCACAUUUACAAUUUCCAAAAGAAUAUCCACUUAGGCCACCAAGAAUGAAAUUUAUAACUGAAAUUUGGCAUCCAAACAUCGAGAAAAAUGGUGAUGUAUGUAUAUCGAUUUUACAUGAGCCUGGAGACGAUAAAUGGGGCUAUGAGAAAGCGUCGGAACGGUGGUUGCCAGUUCACACAGUCGAGACUAUUCUCAUAAGCGUUAUUAGUAUGCUCGCAGAUCCAAAUGACGAAAGUCCAGCUAACGUGGAUGCUGCCAAAGAAUGGCGGGAGAGUUAUACAGAAUUCAAAAGAAAGGUGGCAAGGUGCGUCAGAAAAAGCCAAGAGGAGUGUUUGUAGGGGAUGAAUAAAUAUUCAACUGGAAAGACUUAUUUAAUUCUGGCAAUUUUAAUUCAGGGAAGCCGUAAGCACUGGAAGAAAGAAACCGAUGCUCGACAUAAAGCUAACGGAUAACAGUGCCACUAAAAACGGAUUAAGCCUGACCCAUCCUUACGCUGAGAGAGGGGAAAGGAGCGUGUGAAAAAACUAAGACAAAUUCGCACGUCUCUAUUGAAUCAAUUAAAGCCACACCGUCACCGAUGUACCAUCCAUCGAUAUAUGAAGAUCAUGAAGAGAACACACACACACAGCCUCACCUUUUUCAUAAUAAACAGCUAAAACUAAUUUACACGUAUACAUAAUGCAAAAAAAAUCAUCUGUACGAUUAUUACCUUAAUAUUAAUAGUUAAUGUAAACUUAACUUCCCCACUUCUCCUACUACCCCGACCCACGAUAAAUCCCAUCUCGCCCUCCGCCCGAAGAAACAAAAAAAGAAAAAAAAAAAAAAACAAAAAAAGCAAAAAAAGAAAAGAAAAAAAAACACAACAAGAAAGAAAACAAAACCUUGUAAUUUAAAAUAAUACGUUUAUGUUUAUCGAUCAAUAAUAAUUCCGUAGUGUCGUUUCGUAUUUUCUUACUUUCGUAAAUAUAUAUAAAUAAAUUUUUGUAAAGUUCGAAAAACGGGAUAUACUACAAUCGUUGAAUGUAUAAUGUCAGCAAAAUGGAAGAAGAAAUACAUGCGAAUUAAUUGUAAACUAUUGCGAAUGAAAUAUUGUCAGUUAAUAAUAAUAAUAAUAAUAAUAAUAAUAAUAAUAAUAAUGAUAAUGAUAAUGAUAAUAAUAAUAGACAGCGUAUUAAAAACGUAAAGAUGUAAAAACAAAAGAAAAAAGGAAAAAGAAAGCAAGAAUGUCAAAUUUCGCAGAUUCAUGCGUUGCCAAAAUAAUGAUGAAUUCUAAUCGAAGUGAUGAUAAUAAUACUAGUAAUAAUUAAUAAUAAUAAUAAUAUUAAUAAUAAUAAUAAUAAUAUUAUUAAUGAAUGAUAAUCUACCAUUGUCAGCUAGCGAACAUUUCACGUAAGAAUUGGAUACAAUUUGUAUGAACUUUUUAAUGGUGCCACCCAAAUUGACAAAACAAGUCGCUGUUUAUCUUCUUCCCUUCUUUUAAAUCUGAAGUUACGAUUCUACGCCAUAGGGGAAAAAAAAGAAAAGAAAGAAUGAAAGAACAAAAAAAAAAAAGAAAAAAAAGACAAAAAACAGGUUUAACUUAAAAUCGAAACGAUUUUUGUCCAAUUUUACAUCAUUUCGUAUUGUCAAUUAAAUAUUAAAAUUGAAGUGCA